AUGCAAAAUGUUGGAUUUAAGGGAGAGUGGAAGGUGCAAGAUAAAAUAGUUGUGCCUCAACAACCAAACUCGGACGAUUGUGGCGUCUAUGUUUUGUUGUUCGCUAAAUUUUUAUUAGAAGGAAAGAAAACAAAAUUUGAACAUGAAAUGGUAAAAUAUUAUAGAAAAAAGGUUUAUCAGGACUUAAUAAAAACAGAAUAAAUAUAUAGUUUAUUGGAUUAUAGAGAAAGAUUUGGAUUAUAGAGAAAGAUAUAUUCUUUAAAUCUUAUGCCUUAACUACUCAAAAAUUAAGGGCUAUUUUGACAAAACGGAAAAUAAAAUUCUAAAAUUCUUGGAAAAUAAUAAGAGGAAAAAUUUUAAAAAUAAAGAACUGAUGGAUUCAGAUGCAACUGAAAUUUUUAAAACCCCAACAAAGACAAGCAAAACUGAUAAAAAUACAAAUAAUGAAGACCGUAAAAUUAAGGAAAAAUCAUCAAGUUCAGUUGAAAUAAUAGAAAUUGUUAAAACAAAAGAAGAAAUAAAAGAAAUUGAAAACGAGACGGAUAAAGCAAAAGACAAAAAAAAAUAAAAAUCCAGAAGAAAAUUAAUUGAAAAAAAUAAAAAUACAGAAGUAAAAUUGAUUGAAAAAAAUAAAAAUCCAGAAGAAAAAUUAAUUGAAAAAAAUGAAAAUCCAGAAGUAAAAUUAAUCGAAAAAGAAAAAAAUCAAAUAAAUAAAAUGCAAGAAAUAAAAUCUAUUGAAGUUGCUGAAAUAUUGCAGGCGAGCCUUUUCAACUUGGAAUUUUUUAAGACCCACAAAAUUUU